AGUCCACGUGAAUGUAGAAUUUGUGGUGUUGUGGUGAAAGCUUCGUACUUUUUGUACUUGUAAAUAUGAUCAGGGAAGCCCAAGAAAGUUUGAUUGCAGCGGUUCAAUCAGAUAGAACUGACAUCGUCAGAUCUAUAUUAUCAACAUGUGAACGUUGUGAAAUUGAAGAAGCAGGAAAUCUGACUUUGAGGAAGCUUUUAAAUGAUCUGUGCACUAAAGAGGGAACUCUGUUACACUAUGCAACGAAGUAUGGCUAUGCGGAUGUGGUACGGACCUUGCUUGCAGCAGGGGCAGAUCCUGGCAUCCACAACAUUGAGGAGAGCACAGCAUUUGAUGUAGCAUCUGGGGAGAAGGUGGUCCAAGUGUUUAACCAGGAGCUUCUACAGGCCACGGCACAGUCCAAUGUUGGUAGAGUUUGCCAGUUGUUGGCAUCAGGAAUAAAUGUCAACCUGAGGGACAGUGAGCACAGUGGGAACACACCUAUGCACUGGGCUGCCAGCUUUGGGAACAGAGAUAUAGUGCAGUGUCUUUGUGAUAGAGGUGCAGACAUGAAUGCUACCAACUCGGAAGGCACGACACCUCUGCACGAUGCAGUGAUGCGUGGUGAUGUUGGCAUCGUGGAGGAACUUAUGCUACAUGGCACAGACCCAAACAUCUGUGCUAGCAAAGGGAAAUGUGAGGGAAAGAGUCCGCUAGAUGUUGCAGCACUUAAGCCCGAGUUGUUAGCUGUGUUACGGUCUUCUGACUUGCCGUUAAGUAAUGUGCGAAAGGAGUUUGAACGGGCAUCCAUUUCUGAAGGAACGACACCGACAAAACAUCUAAAGAAGCGAUUCUCUAUGGACUCAGUGCUUACUGAUGUAUCUGAGGCAAGGCUGAAUAUGAAUGGCACACCUCCCAGUCAGAGUAGCCUGCCUAACGGUCAUACCACGCCAGCUGUCCACAACGGCCUCCUGGAUAGUUCGGACAAUGAGGCUGCCAUACAUUCCACAGAAGCGCUACUGCCUCCUGAUCCUCUCAUAACUGACCAGCGAUUAAAUAUGUUGUGGCCACAGCCACAAACGAUUAUUCAGCUUGGGGGGAAAGCACUUGUAGUGGCACAACAGCUAGAUAUCUACGUAACCUGCUGUGAUAAAGGUUCUGCCUUCACACAGCAGGAGGCUUGGAAGCUACUAGAACCAGAAUUUAAGGCUCUAAACUAUAAAGUACACCUAGCUGGAGUAAGACCCCUAGGCCCUACAGCGAAUGCCACUCAAGUUUUGUGUCACGUCAACCAUCGGCUGCUUCCCAAAAAAGAUGCAUAUAAACUUGUGGUCUCUAGUAAUCGGAUCAAGAUUAUGGCCAGCGACUCUGCAGGUUUAUUCUAUGGAGUGUGUACACUAUUGCAACUGUUUAAACUGUGUGUGAAAGACGGUAUACCUCAGCUACAGAUCACUGACUGGUCGCACGUGGCAUAUCGAGGGGUAAUGCUGGACUUUUCUCAGGGUCGCGUGCCUAAACUUGCAGUGCUUAUGAACACCAUUGACUUAUUGGCUAGGCUAAAAAUUAAUCAGGUUCACAUGUACUACAGAUUCAGGUUGAAAGACCAACAAGAAUGGCAAUUUUGUUAUAGUCAAAGUGAGUUGCUAGAUAUGGAAAAGUUUGCGAGUGAAAGGCACAUAGGACUGGUUCCUGUUAUUGACAUCGUUCCACAUGUCUGUUUUACGAAUCUGCCAGAGAUGUACUCUACUUUUCAUGAUUUCAUCUCUGCAUUUCCUCACGCAAGCUCGGUGCAUAUCGGACCACGUCUGUCCAUGGUGCUUGUGGAUCCAGAGGAUCUAGAUAGUCUUGAUGUCAGGCGACAGCUGCCGAUCUGUAUGCACCACACGGUGGCACUGUGCUCCAACAGUCUGCACGACUAUCGCCACGCACUGCCGCAGCUACCCAUGGACCUCGUGCUCGUUGAAUACGGAUUUGAGGCCACGUACGACUUUCAUGCUGUGUGUAAACCAUUUCGAGAUUUUGGACUGAGCUUUGGGGUGUGUGCAGGGACAGCAGCAUGGAACAGCCUAGCCGGUUGCCCAGAAGCAUCAGUCAGUAAUCUGUACCAUGCAGCACAAUGUGCCCAGUCUCAAGGUGCUCUAGCGAUGCUAGUCGCUGAUUGGGCAGGAACUGGUCACCUCACUCAUAAGACUCUGAGCUGGACUGGCUUUCUAGCGCUUGCCGGACUUGGCUGGAACUAUACAACACACUGGGACUUCCUACACACCAGUCUAGCGACUCUCAUCAAUCAUCACAUUGUCAUGGAUCAGGAGAUGAUGUUCGGACAAGCGAUAAUAGAAUUGGGUCGCGCAGAGACGUACAUGGUUCGGGCGUCACGCGACCAGGAUGCCCACGACGCCUCCAACCUCCCUGCGACUAACGGAUCGAUUUUGUACCAGCUCUUGGCUAACCCUGAUGGUGUACUGCUUGAAAACAUGAGUGGCGACAUCUUUCAUAAAGCAAUUAGGCAUAUAAGACGAUGUCAAAUUGCACUUCCAAAAGCAAGGUUGGAAUGUUGCCAUAGUAGUCAGAUGAUGGCUGAAUUGCAGCUUAUGACUGAGAUGAUGAUGCUGGCUUGCAAGAUUGGUCGAGUGCUUGUAAACAUGGGGCGCAAUCCCAGUGACAAGAUGCCAGGGUUUAAGGUGAUCAAUGUCGGAGUAGCUAAUAUACCAGCCACAACCAAGACUGACCUCGCUAACAAGCUGUUGUCCGUGAUAGAGCAGUACAGGGAUGUUUGGCUGGAGAACAACCUGCCAGUGGGGCUACACACGUCACUUCUCAUUCUCACCACUAUCUUAAAACAAUUCAUCCCAGACAGCGGAACAACAGUAUCGUCACAGUUCGAGGCAGGAAAGAAGUUGCUGUAAUGCCAAUUGAUAAUUUGCAAAUGAUAUUAUGCUUUCGUAUAUUUUACAAACAGAUUAGAAAUGGUGUUUAUGAAUUAUUUUAAUUAUUUGUUGUAGCGAGAUUGCUUUGUUUGUGAAUUUUAUGAUGUUCACGUUUGUUAUAUAUAUAUAUAUAUAUAUACAUACAUGUACACGUGUGUGUGUGUGUAUGACCUAUCCAAUUCAUGUCUGUGGUACAAUAUUGCUGUAAACGUUUGUAUGGUGAUUUGUAUAUAGUUAUUUUGGAAAGUUCAUUAUAUAAGUGCUGUUAUGUAAGUCCAAAUCACUGUCUUGAUGGGAACCAAAUGGUUGACUUGGUUGUCACAUAUUGCUAUCAUCAUAGAAUAUAGCACAUACGUAUGCAUGUAUAUAUAUAUAUAUAUAUAUAUUGUGACUCUAAAUUAUUAAUGGUUUUCAUCAUGCUCAAAUUCUGAUAACCUCAUCAUCCAAGUUCAAACUUGAGCGAUUUUGUAACCAUUGCUAGUAUUCCAAAUUUGGUCACAAACACGGGUAGAUUCUUGCUUACACCAGAUUCAUUGUAUGUUCUUUAUUCUAUGAUAGCAGAAAUUAAUAAAAACAAAUGAUGACACGAAAAAUAAAAGCUUACAUGAAAUAGCAGUAAUAUAUAAAGAUAAUGCUUUACUAGGUUACGAUUUACUUUUGUACAAAAACUGCCCAAGCUGCUGCUGUUGCUACUACUACUACUACUACCACUACCACUACCAGUAAUGUUACUACUACUACUACUGCUACUACUAUUACUACUACUACUACCACUGCUACUAUAACUAUGCGUAACUAGAAUUCUGUGCCCAUGCUCGAAUCUCUUUGUGAACUACAGUGCUAGUGUGCUGUUGAUUUAUUGUGUGUUUGCAGUUGAUAUAAAGAAUGUUAUAAUGGCAUACAUAACUUGUGUAAUAUUAUUUGAGCCGUUACAUAUUUCUCUCGUCACAUGGGCAUCUGCGUUGAUCAUUGUAUCAGUGAUAGCUUUCAGUUCAUGAUAAUGGUAUAGGUAUAUUGCACAUUUUUAAGAGGAUUUUGUCAAUCUGAUUGUAGUAGUCACAGCAGCUGAUAUUAUAGUUAUGUGGUUAUUGGAGAGAUUAUUGUACAUUACAAAAGGAAAGUAAAUAAUAUUGUUGAAGAAAA